UCGAGGGGUGUAGCUGCACCGAUGGAACGAUGAUAAAAUCACCUCUACGAGUACUAGCUCUCCUUCAGCGUUGGAAGUAAAGACGCACAUUGUAGAUCUACAUUGCACGAGUUGCUGUAAGCUUUGUUUUAUCGCGAAAUGCAUUCAUAGGUGGUAUUGUGGUUCCUAAUACCAGUAGCCUGUUUAUCUCCCUUCUUGUUCGGUGACCACUUGACUUAGCAGCGUAGCCGUGACAAUGGCAUUUCUACUCCAGUUUGAUGGCUAUCUGAACGACAUGGAAGAGCGUUUUUACGAUGCUGGUGCGGCUCGCAGCUGGGCAAGAGAUGUUACACCUUAUGCUCUCUGCAUUGUGGUGGCCUAUUUGUCCCUUGUGUUCCUGGGUGUGCGAUGGAUGAAAGACCGUCCGCCGUUCAGCCUGCGCCGCACGCUGGUGCUGUGGAACGUGGGCCUGGCCUGGUUUAGCAUGUUCGGCACGUGGCGGGUUGUGCAGUUUGCGGCGCGAAGGACAGUGCAGGGCAGAUGGAUAGAUGUGAUCUGUGAUAAAGAGUCUUUCGAGGCUCAUGAAGGCGGAUUGUGGUCGUUCAUUUUCGCCCUGUCCAAGUUUGUGGAGUUCGGAGAUACGGCGUUCAUUGUGCUGAGAAAGAAGAAGUUGACAUUGCUACACUGGUAUCACCAUGCAUCAGUGCUCCUGUAUUGCUGGUUUGGUUUCAUUGAUGCAGCUGCAACGGGCAAGCUAUUUGGCCUACUGAAUUUGAUCGUUCACUCCAUGAUGUACACCUACUAUUCGAUAACUGCCACGGGCAUGUGGAGGAUACCCAGUUAUGUGAACAUCAUUAUCACUAGCACGCAGCUGCUGCAGAUGGCACUUGGCAUCGUUGCCACCAGCAUUGCCUACUAUCGGCGGGUGAACAACAUCGGCUGUGACGUCAGCUACACGCUUAUCUAUGCUGCGUUUGCAAUGUACGCCAGCUACCUAGUGCUGUUCAUCAACUUUUUCUACAAGACGUAUAUUAGCAAGAAGCCGAAGACGAGCUAAUGGUUUCAGGCCACCGUGGAAUGGAGUCUAGGCAAUUUUAAUUUAUGUCAACUGAACAGUACCACCUUCCAGUAUCAACAGGCCGGGUGUGAGGUCAGCGCAACUGUUUGCCAACGAUUAAAGACACAGUGCUGUCUCUCUGAGCGUUGCAUUAUGCGGCUACUUGCACGUCUUAGUUCUCCGCCAAGACUUUGCGUGCUUCCCAGUUCCCACGGCAUACACUCAUGCACAUACAUGUACAUGUAUGUGCAACUCGGCGCACCACAACAACAUCUGCAAAGUCGUACAGGUCAACGGCACAAGAACAAAAACAAAUCAUAUGCACGAGACCAGUUCCACUUCUUAGGUAGCUCUUUUUUUCUGGUUUGACAGUCCUUGGGACAAGUUCAAACCCACACUCCGUGACAACAUAAUUAUAGUGAAGGAUUGACUUAUCGUGAUUACGCAUUUCUAUUGACUUGGCGAAACAAGCCUGGGAUGAUUGAUGUUCAAAUUUCCAAAUUUCCAUAGAAACCAAUUUUAUCUUUAUGUGAAGGCAUUCGUUCACUCGAACAGAGAGAUGAGCAUAACAUUUGCCAUACCGAGUCACCUUCUGAGGAUGCUACUGUUGUUUGACGACGAAAUUCAUGACCAAAGUGAUUCGUAUCUUGAAGUACUUCCAAUAAUACUCGGAUGUGUCCCUGCAGGAUGAUAUUAUUUAUGCGGCCUACUAGUCACUACUGCACUAGUACUUUCUAUCAUAAUUUGUUUUAGAGAAAACCCAAGGCAACCAAUUCUGAUGCUUCUUUGA